AUGAAGAACCAGUACGCUGCUGGUGUCACCCCUGGUCUGGCAUUUGCGGUCUACUAUUGUGGUAGAGACGAUAUUGCCUUCGAACUCAGAUGGUGCAAGAGCACUGUCACUUUGAAUGGGCCUGAGCAGUCUCUUUCUUUAUGUGGUACGCGCAUGUCGUCGAUCCAGGAUAUCAAGACACCACCUUCAGGUGACGCAACGGUAGCCUGUCUCCUCGAGGUCAAGGGCGAUCUUUAUGCUCUUGGUCCUGCACAUCUUCUCACUCGGAAAAACGCUGCCAAGUCUCAGGAGCAGUUGCUCGCUGAGUUGCUACAGAUGGACGAAGACAAAGACGAGGGCAUCGCUUGGGAGGAAGAUGAAGACAACGACAGCGACUACGAGGAAAGCGACGGUGGUUAUGCCUCAGCCAAAGACAUCAUAUCCGAUAAGGAUAUGCUUAACAGUAAUACAACACCACCCGAUAGUCUCUCUCCUUCGCCACGAGAAGGCACUCACGAUCCAAGGGAUGAAGGUGUCACGGUUUUGUUUCCGGGCCCAGAUGACCUACAGGACGACAACGCGGACGGCGAUUGGGCGGUUGCACUCAUUCAGAAGCCUGAGCAACAGCUGCCGAACUUGUACUCUGUGGAGCAGCAAGUCUCUGUGCAGGGAUCUCCGAAGCAGGAAGCUCCUAAGCUCCGACACAUAGUCGAUUUUGCGAGUGAGCCAUCCAAAGACGAUACCGAGCCUAUAGUGGAGAGGUCCGUCCAUAUACUCACCUCUUCCUCGACAAAGCAGGGCAAGCUCCUCCCAGGGUUCGCCAACAUUUCCGGUCUAAGCGGACGCGGACACUGCAACGUACAUAUUGUGGCGAUCGACGAAUCCGAUGGUAUCGUAGCCGGCGACUCAGGAUCUCUUGUCGUUGAUGCGCAAACUUCCCUGGCAUAUGGUCAUGUCGUGGCCACAAACUCGCAAGGCUAUGCCUACGUUGUGCCCCUGUACACAACAAUCCGUCAGAUGAAGGCAUUCUUCGGGACCGCCAACGUCCGUUUGCCAGAACCCCUACAUCUGUUGUCUCGAGUAGCACUUCAUUACGUUGCCACUAAGCAUUUCUGCCAAGCUGAAGAAGCUAUCAUCGCAUGCACCGAUCUUGUGCAAGAUAUUUGCAACUCUCGCCAAUGGGAGCGACUAGCCCAUUGGAUCAGGUCUUCCACGGCACGAACUAACCUGCUUGACAUUUGGGAUGACAAGCUGGCACAGCUCUUUGUAAGUCCACAUCAGACGACAUUUGUAUAA